AACUGUGCUGCGUACGAAAUUGAGGAUGUAGGGUUGUGCGCCAUGCUUACCCUCGUGCUCCUGUUGGCCCCCGCGACCGCCGCUGUGCUCACCCUGCCCCGAGAGGUGGGCGCGGCAGGGUCGAAGUCGCAGUAUGGCGGCGUGGAGUCAGGACAGACUGCAGCGGACGACACCAGAGCCUCCCUUGCCUCCCUGUGGUCGUACAGCACCGUCACUGAGGACAGGUACGACCACACGCUGCACGGCGACCAACACGAGCUGAUGCCCUACUUCCAGGACCACACCAAUGCUUCCAACAUCACGGCGCAGCUCGGGUCCACGGCUUACCUCAAUUGUAGAGUGAACCGCCUCAGAGACAAAACGGUGUCGUGGAUGAGACGGGACGGAGAUCAGAUCAAGUUGCUCACCUGGGGACUCCAUACCUAUAGCAACGAUGCCAGAUACUCGCUGAACUUCGAGCACCCCAAUAACUGGAAGCUGCAGAUUAAGUACACGCAGAGGCGGGACCAAGGUUCAUACGAGUGUCAAGUGUCCACGCAUCCACCCAAAGUCUUGUCAGUGAAUCUCAAUAUAGUCGCUCCGGUGGUGGACAUCAUAGACGACAGAGGCUCCUCGGUGAGUGAGAAGUUCUACAAGACGGGCAGCACCAUCGAGCUCAAGUGUACCAUUAGCCAAAUGCCGCAGGCCCAGACCUUCAUUCUGUGGCGACACGGCGACCACAUGCUCAACUACGACACUUCCAGGGGCGGCAUCAGCGUGAAGACCGACAUGAGCAGUUCGGUGAUCGUGUCCACUCUCUUCAUCGCCAACGCCACUCCGAAGGACUCCGGGAACUACACUUGCUCCCUCGGCGACGUGGCCACCGGCAGCGUGCUCGUCCACGUCCUCAAUGGCGAGCAUCCUCAGGCAAUGCACGGCUCCAGCAGGAAGGACCUUUGCUCCCUCACCUUGGUGCUGUUACUCUCAUCCCUUACCACGCUCAUCAACCUCCUGAGAUGAUCUCCUGGGUCAGCCGAGGUCACGAGCCAUGGGGCACUGUAGGGAGGUCAGCUGCGUGGAUGUGGAUGCUGGUCAAAGGUUGAGGCCUGACCACACUGAUCUUGACCCUCUGAAGAAGCAUUUAUGUUUAAUUCUUGGUUUAUUUUAGUUUUAGAAAAAUUAAUGUGUUUUUGGACAUAAAGAAGUAGAGUAAGGAACAGGAGGCUGAACUGAGUGCGUGGGAUGCGAGUGUGCGCCGUAGGAAACCCAUAACUUAGCGUGGGACACACCCAGCUGCCGGGACACAGGCUCUGAAGGAGGCCCUGCUUUCCACUUUUUGUGUGUGUUCGGGUUGUGUCUGGUCGUCAUAACUCGCGAGAAAUGACCUUGUGUGUAUAUUUUUGUAUGACUCAGUGAACGAACGAGGACGAACUGAUGGACUAAAGAUGCGCCGCAGUGUUUGUUGCCCUCUGGAGGGACAGUGUGAAGGAAAACGGUUUUUUGGCCCCUGAAGGCAGUGAAGGAAAGUGGUUGUUUCGUGAAGGGACUGUGCGAAGGAAAACUCCCCGCUGUCCCUGAAGGGAUUGAAGGAAAACAAUGUAUUGCAUGAAGGAAGUGAAUGAUGGAAAACCUUUCGUCACCUCUGAGAGAUAGCUAAAGAUGUGUCGCCUCUGAAGGAAAAGUAAGAAAUGAAGAGAUUUGUCGCCUUUGGAGGAAGAGGAAGGAAAACAGUGUAUACCCCAUCAAAAGAAAAAUGUAAAAUAUAAAUGGUUUGUUGCAUCUGAAGGAAGGUGGUGCGUUGCUCCUAAGGUAAGAAUGUGAAGGAAAAAAGGGUCGUCAUUUCUGGAGGAAGUGCGUGAAAAAAAAAAAAUGAUGUAUCGCCUAUGAAGGGAGAAGUGAAGGAAAACCGACUGAAGGGCAUGGAAGAAAACGUGUUGUCCUUGUUAGCGGCGGCAAGUGACAGCAGCCAAUCACGUCGUUUUGUUGUGUUGAUGUAGUGUUGGUAACGUGACGGACGUCCGCCGCCUCCACCAGCACGGACUAAUGAACCUUUUUACCACACCAAGGGCGACCCUGAGGCUUGGCGGAGGUGGGUGUGUACAUACAUGCCGUCAGUCCCCCGUGUGUGUCUAUGUACGUGUGUAUGCGUGAGUGCAUGUAUGUGUGCGUGGCCAGGCGUACACGAGCAGAGGUUGGACUAGACGCUCGUGACUCCUCUUAAUGUGCUCCAAAUGUGGAUUAAUGGACUCGUGAAUGCGUUAAAGAGAAACUAAUAACAAACUGUAACAAAACAAGAAAAAAAAAAGUAUAUACGUACCUUCAUUCCCUUAACGCGUUCUUCCAGUUGUCGUACAUCUUGACCCAAACUAUCUCCUUUCCCUUCCCUUCCCAUCCCAUUCCUUCCUAAUUCCCUCGCUGGUGCAAGACGGAGACGGGGAAGACAAACAGACUUGGUGUCCACAAUAGCGCCCUUCCCGAGGAGCUGAAAGGCAGUUGCGGGGCGCUAUUCACAAACCUAAGGGAACGAGAGGCCGCCCUACGCCACCUCGCCGGGAAACUGUUCUGCCCAAAAUGCGGUCGUGGCCAGAAACUUCCGAGUGUUUCCGCUAAUUGCUGUGAUUUAUUUUUGUCCUUUAUUUUUCAGUGCGACUCCAAAUUGCGUUCUGGGGAGACACAAACCCAUGAUUGUAGCUGAAGGAAAUUGGAAGUGUAAAAUGGGCUUGGAGGAAGAGUUGGAGGGUUGGAGGGGAGGAGGGGAGGAGAGGAGUGGUGGUUAUGGUGGGGCGAGUGAAAAAGUAGUAUUGGUCCAUGAACGUAAACUUGAAUGAAAUGAAUGCUAUGGUUGAAAAAGUGUUAUUAGCGCACUAAACGUAAGUAUCUUUCCGCUCUUUUUUUCCUCAGUUUAUUGUUGUUCAGAAACGAGGCUGUACAGUGUUUUUCAAAAGAAUUUGUGAUUACUAAAAGAUCACGAAGCUUACUCUGAUUUAUAGAUCGAUUUUUUCACCUUUUUGUAUCACAGGGCCGUCCUUUGUAGGGUAGGCAUGACAGACCCCCUGACUCCCCUACUCCACCUCCUCCACCUCCACCAUCCAUCCAGUAAAGCGGAGUGGCAGAGGCGUAGGCGAGGACUGGCGUGGUAGUGGGUGGAGUGGUGGAGGUAUGGAAAAGGGGUGGGGGGAUGAAAAGACUUGGCUUAGAUGUGGAGGUUGAAGUGGGGAGUGAAAAGGUGAAGGUGAAGUGGCCACCUGAAUAGCGUCCGGGCUCAGGGCAAGAGAGUGGGCGGUGCAGGUGAGAUGAAGGCGGUCAAGGCUGCUUAGUAGGGACUCAAGGGCUGAAUUAAUGAGGAAUUUCUCGGAAUCUGAUGAAGCGGUGGGCAAGAUAAAUGUGUAUAUUACGAGUUUCUAUGCAUACCUAUUUUUCUCUGCAGAAUUUGAAUGCAUUUUCGUUAUUUUUUAUUUAGUUUUUACAAAGGAAUUUUUACAUUUUUGUAUUUGUAUUUUCAAAGUGUAAUGUUUGAACACACACACACACACACACACACACACACACACACACACACACACACACACACACACACACACACACACACACACACACACACACACACACACACACACUUUUUAGCUCGUAUGUACUCAUUAUUCUUGCGAUCAUUCCGUCUUUCACUAAUUCUUCAGCGUUAGUAAGGUGACUGUGUUUAAAUAUCAAGUAUUUUUCUCUUUCUUUCUUUCUUUCUUUCUCUCUUUCUCUCCCUCCGCGCCCUCACCCCCUUUUUUUUUCUCUCAUUAUAACUGUAGGAGGGAACAUUUCAGCCAGUAGGGGAGGAGGCCGUUCGUGUGCCCUCCCGCGGUGGUUUAUGUGAAGGUCGCCGCCCCCUGUUCCUCCCACUAGACUGCACGAAAAAAAGAAAAUGGGGAGGUGGAUGAAGGGGGAAGUUUAAACAAAAGAAUUAAGUUUGUGCGUGUUGAUGGUUGUUCAAUUGUGCGUGUGCGUUUGGCAGACACGGAGUUAAAGGGGAAGUCAUUGAGUGAGGUACGGAUGAGAGAGAGAGAGAGAGAGAGAGAGAGAGAGAGAGAGAGAGAGAGAGAGAGAGAGAGAGAGAGAGAGAGAGAGAAUCGUUAAGGCUGCUGCCAGAAACAGAAUGAAAAAUUUCAGACCUAAGCCAGGUGAAGUAAAGAAAAACAAUAAAAGUAAGUAUCUAAAAAAAAAACGAUGCGCACAUAAGAUUUCUUUAAUGCAGAUAAAUUUCAAAAUGAUAAUCAUAUUUAAAUGCAAGAAAAGAUUGACAAUUAUUUGGCAAAAGCACAGGUAAUGCACAUUAAUUGCUACGAAGAAUUCAGAUUCAUUGUAUCAUAAUUAGGUUCAAAUGUACUGCAGAGGAAAGUAUUUAGAGAUGUUUGAAUGCUGCCCAAAAAGUUAAUGAGCCUUGGUGCUCGAACAUGAAGGUAGGUAAGUGGAGCAGACGCAGUUUUCUGGUUGUUGUACUUUAAUUUGGACUGGGUAAGAGAUUAGACUUUUAUAGGCACGAUUGGCAGGUGGAAAAAGAUAUAUCUUUCUCUUAAUGGGACUAUCACUUGUGGGUGUACUGACUUCCUGCAAGUUGCCUUUGUUCUUAUGUAUGGAAGUGGCCAGAUGAGCGUGGCUGCGGGUGAGAACUAAGAAAACCAGAAGCUCCUCAAGGCGGCAAAGAGAUGGACACUCAGAGGAACCUUCCUCUCCCACAGCACCAGCAAUUCCCCACACCCUCCUUGUCCUGUUCCUCUUUCUCUAAUAUGUAUGAAACGAAGAAGCAUAUAUAUAUUUACACAUAUACAUAUGAAUAUAUAUAAACAAUUUUAACUUCGCUGUAGUGGACUCUGAGGUAAUUUCUGUUGCGUGUUGGUCGUGCUUUCAGACUAUGAAUUCACAUGUGAAUACCAUACGUACCUAUACGUAAUCCUUUGUGUUCCCUGGCAGUCCCCACCACCACCACCAUCACCAACACCACCGCCACCACCACCACUCCCGCCGCGUCAGUAGUGGGAGGCCGCCGGGGCUGUUUGACGUGGAUUUGCGUCCCCACCUCACACCCAAACAUCCAUCAACCCCUCCGCGUGUAUGUGUUUUUGUUUUUGUUUUUAUUAUUAUUGUGUGCUUGCUCAGUAUGAGUGGCGGGUUGUGUGUGUGUGUGUGUGUGUGUAUGUGUGUGCGUGUGUAUGUGUGUGUGUGUGUGUGUGUGUGUGUGUGUGUGUGUGUGUGUGUGUGUGUGUCUGCGUGUGCGUGCGUGCGUGCGUGCGUGUGUGUAUGUGUCCCCGUCCGGAUUAUAUUUGUGUGUGUGUGUGUGUGUAUGUGCCACCGCUCACCCACUCACUCAUAUAUAACGCCUCCUCCUGAGAUGCCAUUUUUUUUUUUUUUUUUUGUGGUGAAAUGGGAAAAAAAUCUGACGUGAGUGAAGACAAAAAUCAUUGUGUAAAUAAGAUGGAUCAUUACUAUUUUUUGAAGGUGAACGGAUAGAAAAAAUAAGAAAGCUAGAAAAAAAAAAUAUUUCAAACAAUCCUCACAAGGACCAAACUUCACUUACAGUAAACAAAAGCACCACAAACACAAAAAGCAAAUCAGCUAGAUGGUUUGUCUACACACACACACACACACACACACACACACACACACACACACACACACACACACA